UGGAGCGACUGUAAAAUCAUCCCCUUCUCUUCUCGUCUUCCUCGUCCUCUCUGACUUGACAUCAGCCUGUCAGCAGUUACCUGUACGUUAUCGACAGUGAGCAGCGCAGUGAAAAUGCAGGUGUUGGGUGUAGUUGCAGUGAUAUUAGCAGUUUGCUGCGUAAACGCGAAGGUUUACUUCCGGGAGGAGUUUGUGGACGGCGAUGAAUGGAGAAGCCGCUGGGUGAACUCCAAACACAAGUCUGACUAUGGAGAGUGGAAACUGACCGCUGGUGACUUCUACGGAGAUGCUGAGAAUGACAAAGGUCUGCAGACGAGCCAGGACGCUCGUUUCUAUGCUGCCUCUGCACGCUUCGAGCCUUUCAGCAAUGAGGGCAAGAGCUUAGUCGUUCAGUUUACAGUCAAGCACGAGCAGAAGAUCGACUGUGGUGGUGGCUACGUGAAGGUGUUCCCUGCUGAUUUAGAACAGACAGAUAUGCACGGAGAUUCCACUUACUACAUCAUGUUUGGUCCUGAUAUCUGUGGCUACAGCACCAAGAAAGUCCACGUCAUCUUCAAUUACAAGGGCAAGAAUCACCUCAUCAAGAAAGAGGUCAAGUGCAAGGAUGAUGAGCUGACCCACCUGUACACACUGAUCCUGAAUCCAGAUCAGACCUACGAGGUGAAAAUUGACAACGAGAAGGUAGAAUCUGGUAGUCUGGAGGAAGACUGGGACUUGCUGCCUCCAAAGAAAAUCAAAGAUCCUGAGGCCAAGAAGCCAGAGGACUGGGAUGACCGUGCCAAGAUUGAUGAUCCUGAAGAUGCCAUGCCUGAGGACUGGGAGAAACCUGAAAACAUUCCUGACCCAGAUGCUAAAAAGCCAGAAGACUGGGACGAGGAUAUGGAUGGAGAGUGGGAGCCGCCCAUGAUCCCCAACCCCGAAUACAAGGGCGAAUGGAAACCCAAACAGAUUGACAACCCCGACUACAAAGGAGCAUGGGUGCAUCCUGAGAUUGACAAUCCUGAAUACAGUGCUGAUUCCAACAUCUACAAGUUUGACAACAUUGGUGUUUUGGGUCUUGAUCUUUGGCAGGUGAAAUCAGGCACCAUCUUUGACAACUUCCUGAUCUCAGAUGACGUGAAGGAAGCAGAAGAUAUUGGAAAUGAGACAUGGGGUGUGACAAAGGAACCAGAGAGGAAAAUGAAGCAGGAGCAAGACGACCUGAAACAAAAAGAGGAGCAGGAGAAGAACAAGGAACAAGAUACUGAAGCUGAAGCUGAAGCUGACGACGAUGAAGACGAAGAUGUAGAAGAGGAGGAAGACACGAAGGAUGAAUUAGAGGAGGCACUUUCAGAAAUGGAGGAUGAGGAAGCAAAGCUUAAAGAUGAGCUUUAAGGAGGCGUGGCCUCCUGUAGAAACUCUGUCCGGUAUUUUCCAGGGGUAUUGUGGCUGCUGUGCAUCCUUUCCCUGAGAUCUGGACACAGCCCAACAUUUGGGGCAGUUGUAGUGAAAUGGGGCGGGUGGGUGUUACUGGACGUUACCUUUAAUUUUGGUCUCGAUGUUUCCCUGUUGAUUGUAAGAUUUUCUUUCCACCCACAAAGUCCAUUCCUCAUUUUGUAACAACAGAGAUUAAGGAGGCACCAACAUCCACUGUUUCUUGAUUUUUCUUGAUCCACACAUCUUACUUUUUAAUUUGCAGAUUUCCUCUCACAUAUGCUCAUCAAGGAACCUGUGGUUAAUGUAACAUGGAACAUUAAUAGAUAAUCAAUGUUUGUUCAGACUUUUCAAAACAAUGCACAUAAAUACAGUUAAGAUGCAUAAACUGCAAGGAUAACCAGGACAAUCACAGAAUGCAGACAAAUCAAGACUAAUGUUAAACUUAUUCAAGUUACAGUACGUCUUUGGCACUGAGUCUGUAUUUUCCUGUCUACACAUAACCGAGUGAAAUCCCAUUGUUUUUUUUUCUGUGUUGAAAUAAACAUGUCCUCAAGGUAAUUUGUGCCAACGUGCAUAUAUCUGGGAAAGUCUGGAGAAACAGAUGGUGAGCGAGCCCCUGGUAUGACUCAUGACAUCACUAAGGGUCACACUUAUUUUUAUUGGACAGAAUGUUAAUGAAACCAAAGUUUUUAUUAAAAGAUUAUAAACAAA